AUGGGCAACGAUGCUUCGUGGGUGUCAGUUGUUGAUGUGUGCAGAGGGUCCCGGUUCGAGCCCGGUCGGGGCGAGGUCUACGGAUCUAAAGUUAAACCUGGUUACAUGUGCAACCGAGGCCCUUCCCAGUGUACUCCGUACGUCUGUUGUGCUCAGACUUUCACAGCCUGGUGCAACUCUCACCUGAGGAAGGCUGGGACUGGGAUUGAGAACAUCGAGGAGGACUUCAGGAACGGACUGAAACUCAUGCUGCUGCUUGAAGUCAUUUCUGGUGAAAGACUUCCCAAACCAGACAGAGGGAAAAUGCGCUUCCACAAGAUAGCCAACGUCAACAAAGCUCUGGAGUACAUCACCAGCAAAGGAGUCAAGCUGGUCUCCAUUGGAGCUGAAGAGAUUGUGGACGGCAACAUUAAGAUGACUCUGGGAAUGAUCUGGACCAUCAUUCUGCGCUUCGCCAUCCAGGACAUCUCAGUGGAAGAAACCUCUGCUAAGGAAGGUCUUCUUCUAUGGUGCCAGAGAAAGACUGCCCCCUACAGGAAUGUCAAUGUCCAGAACUUCCAUGUCAGCUGGAAGGACGGCCUCGCGUUGUGCGCCCUGAUACACAGACACCGUCCUGACCUCAUCGACUAUGCCAAGCUCAACAAGGAUGACCCUCUGGGUAAUAUGAACCUGGCCUUUGAUGUGGCAGAGAAAUACCUGGACAUCCCCAAGAUGUUGGACGCUGAAGACAUCAUCAACAGCCCCAAGCCCGACGAGAGAGCUAUCAUGACCUAUGUUUCCUGUUUCUACCAUGCUUUUGCUGGAGCAGAGCAGGCGGAGACAGCAGCUAACCGUAUCUGUACAAUUCUGGGGGUCAACCAGGAGAAUGAGAGCCUCAUGGAGGAAUAUGAGAAACUGGCCAGUCAG